AUGCUCCCACUCGUCCUCUCCCUCGCCGGGUUGACAACAGCCCAGCUGUUCGUUGGAGGAUCAUCUCCCAUAGUCGACACCGGCUAUGCACGCUUCCAAGGCAGACGAGACGAAGUGACCAAGACGGACAACUACCUCGGAAUCCCAUACGCCCACGCACCUCGAUUUGAUCACGCUCGGAUCUUCGACGAUCAGUUGAGCGGCGUCCAACAAGCGACGCAGUAUGGUGAUGUCUGCCCUCAGCAUCUGUUGAACCCUAGCAUUCUGGCGCCGGACGUCGGAGAGGUAUCUCUUCCCUUCGCCCAGAAAGCCACAAGGCAGUCGGAGGACUGCCUUUCAAUCAAUGUGCAGAGGCCGAAAGAUCAGAGUCUCAAGGAUCUGCCCGUUGUUGUCUGGAUCCAUGGCGGUGGAUUCGAAACUUCGCUGCCGGGUGUGUUCUACCAAGGUGCCAGCAUUGUGCAACGAUCCCUGUCGAUGGGCAAGCCGGUUCUCUUCACCUCCAUCAACUAUCGUCUCCACCAUUUCGGCUUCACUGCUAGUCGUGAGUUCGAAAAAGAGGGACUCCUGAACCUUGGCCUGGAAGACCAGCGUGUUGCCCUGAGAUGGAUCCAGAAGAACAUCAAGGCAUUCGGCGGUGACCCGUCGAAGGUCACAAUCAUGGGAGAGAGCGCCGGAUCAUGGUCGGUCACCGCGCAUAUGCUGGUAAAUGAUGGCGACAACGAAGGGCUCUUUCGUGGUGCCGUCGGCAUUUCUGGAGGACCCUUGAGGGUCGAUGGCCCUGAAAGACAACAGGCACUCUUCAACGACAUGGUCUCCUACGUUGGAUGCGAUGGAGCCUCGGACAAGAUUGCAUGCCUUCGCCAGGCCCCAUACGACAAGAUCUACGCUCACGCCAACACUGUCAACAAUUUCUUCGGGUUCAGGAGUCUUGCUUCCGCCUGGACUCUUCGCCCAGAUGGCAAAUUCCUCACGGAUUCUCCCGACAGGCUUGUUGCACAAGGAAAAAUCGCCAACGUCCCGAUCAUGUACGGCGACAUGGAGAACGAAGGCACACUGUUCUCGCUCAUUAAUCAGCUCAACAUCACCACGACAGAGCUGGUCAAGGACUACUUCAAGACGUACUGGUGGCCCAAGGUCACCGAGACCCAGCUGGACCGCUUGAUGGACCUCUAUCCGGCCGACAUCGACAACUUCCCGGCUGAUGGUCUACCACAGUAUAAGCGUCUCUCUGCUCUGAUUGGCGAUUACUCCUUCGAAGCUCAGCGUCGCUCUCUCCUCGCCAAGGUGACCGCGAACAAGUGGAAUUACUACACCAAAUUUUCGAUCCCAUUAUCCGUGGCUGGGGACACCGUUGUGGGCAAGCUUCUGGCUGGGUUGAAGCUCACCACGAUCCCGGUUCUCGCUAGCUUCCACGCGAGCGACGUGUUGCAAGUCUCCCCAGGGCCUAGAAGGCUAUGCGAGUUUGAUAUCUAA